CGAUGGGACAGCGCGGUGGUGUGAGACCUGCGAGGAGCGCCGCCUCCCACAUUCCGCAUGUUCCCUCUGAUUCUUCUGGGUGUUGGACUGCAGGAGAUUACAGCAGUUGCCAUACCAUCACUUCACAACUGAAGAUUAAUUUAACUCCGGAUUUUUUUUCCUUUACUGUGGGCUUUUCUUUAGAGGUGCUGUCCUAAGAUCUGCUCUUUUCACUGAGCUACACCAGGUAACAGGGCUGUUCACCAUGUUCAGGAUAUGCUUGUGUCUAAGCGUGGUCAUUAACUCCGUUCUUUCCCAAGAGGCAGAGGACCCGGUCUCUUACACGUGCACAGAUGGCUACGAAUUUGAACCCCAAAGGCAAGUGUGCAAAGACAUCGACGAGUGUGCCAUCCUGCCUGACGCUUGCAAAGGCGGCAUGCAGUGCACAAACCACUACGGCGGCUACCUCUGCCUUCCUCCCAGCGCCCAAAUCAUUGUCAACAAUGGAGAGGAGAGUCAGGAACAGGCUGCAGAGCAUGUCAAUUCUCCCCCAGUCCCACCCAGGCACCGGGUUUACCAAAACGUGGUCCGAAACAUGCAUUGCAGCCCCGGAUUUGUUCCUGAUGAGCAGAACUUUUGCAGAGAUUUGAACGAAUGUGAGGUCAGCAAUCCGUGCCAGCACCAGUGCUACAACACCAUGGGAUCCUUCCUGUGUAUCUGCGAACCCGGGUACGAGCUGGCUUCCAACAUGGUCUCCUGCCACGAUAUUGACGAGUGCAGCCUAUCCAGUUACACAUGCCAGUAUCAGUGUGUGAACCAGCCCGGGAGAUAUGUCUGCACAUGCCCAGAAGGAUACCGGGGAACAAGAAUGUGUCAAGACAUCAACGAGUGUGAAACAGGACAUGAGUGUGCAGACGAUCAGAUGUGCUGGAAUUACCAUAGUGGAUACCGCUGUUACCCCAGAAACCCCUGUCAUGAGCCCUACGUCAGGACAGGAGAAAACCGCUGCAGCUGCCAUUCACCGACGCUCUGUCAUGGGCUUCCAACCUCCAUUGUCUACAAGUACAUGAGCAUCCUGUCCGACCGAACUGUGCCAUCAGACAUUUUUCAAAUUCAGGCCACCACCUUCUAUGCCAACGCAAUCAACACCUUCCGGAUCAAGUCGGGCAACGAGGGGAGAAAGUUCUUCAUGAGGGUGAGGCUCCAGCUAGACAUGUCCACCCGCACGAACAAUGUGAGCGCCAUGCUUGUGCUGACCAGGCCCCUGACGGGUCCACGGGAACACAUUGUGGACUUGGAGAUGGUGACCCACAACGUGAUGAACUACCGCUCCAGUUCUUUGCUGAGACUCACCAUCAUCGUGGGCCCUUACUCCUUCUAGCCCUGUGUAGCAGAUCCAGCAGUACUGCUCGAUCACAUA